GGUCUGCAAAGUAUAAAAAUAAAAUUGCAACAAGCAUAAAAUACUUUGUGCAGAUGUUAAAGAAAUAGAUUUAUGGGUUGGUCGUGAAGUACGAACAGAAUAUUGUGACAUUAAGGCAUUUCAAUGUAUAUAUGUGGGCCAUCUAUUGCCUAUUAAGUAUUUGGGUUCAUUUGUUUCAAAAAAAAGGUUGAACCCCAAUCUUAAGGGUCCCCCACCGCUCCUACCCUGAAGUAUCGUGAGGAAGGUAAAUCGCAGGUUAUGCCUCCCAGAUCUGUCUAAAAACAUAGCUAUUUUCGCUCUCUCCCUUUCUCUAUUUUCCGGAUUCAUCAUCAUUAGGAUGUCAAUCGGGCUCAUCACUCAGGCCGCAAAAAGCCCGAGCCAACUCGGCUCGGGGCUCGAUAGAUUCAAACCCUAUUUUUGAGACAUGGGCUUUGCCCGAGCCGACCCACGAGCCCUUGUAUAAAAAAAAAAUAAUAAAUAAAUAUAUUAUGGCAGUAAUUAAAAUGCUACCUUUUAAGGCAACAAGUUCGCUGCCUUAAAAGGCAACGGUUAAGGCCUAACUAAGGCAGGAAGCUGCUGCCUUUUUUAGGCAGCAGCUUAUUUAAAAAAAAAAUGAAAAAAAAAAAGAGAGAGCGUGAGUGAGAAAAAGGGGCCGGCCCGGUCCGGCUCGGCUCAGAAAGGCCUAAGCCGAUAGCUCGGGUCGAGCCUAAAAUUUUUGGACGAGCUUUUGUUCCGCCUGCCUCGGGCCCAAAAAAAAGCUCGACAAUUUUAACCGAGCCGAGCUCGAGCCUCAAGUUUUGACUCGCCAACCGACUCGACUCGGCUCGGUUCGGCUAAUCAUCAUGCACACUGCCCAACCCCCACCCCUUCUCUUACUCUGCUUUUUGUUACUUUGACAUGCAGGACCUAGGACACCCCUACGGGAAGCUUCAUCCAGUAAUGCUGCAUCAUCAUUGAUGUCUGAAUCAGAGGAUGCUUCUUUAACUGUCCCCCCUCCACCCCACCUCCUAUGCCUAGUGCUGGCCUAGAUGCUGGAGAUGUCAUCAUUAUGCCUGCAUCUUCGCCUUUACCCCCUCCACCCCCAAUGCCUCCAAAGCCUACAAUGACAGACUUCACUACACCAUUACCUCCACUGCCUCCACCUCCUCCUGGCCCCCCACCAAAAGAACUACUUGCAACUCGGCCUCCACUUUCUCCACCCCCGGCCCUCAAGCAAUCUGUUCAACCACCUCCUCCAGGGACUGUUGGGAGUGAAAAGGAGAGAGGUCAGUCUGCAAAGUCAGAUGAUGAAGCCUUCAGAGAUUCAACUUAUGCUUCAACCAUGCUUCUUCCACCUCCACCUCCACCUCCACUGCCAGGGUUGCAACCGAAGUUUGGCAAUGAUCAGUCAGAAGACGCAUCUUCGGAAUCUGAUUUCAAAACUUCUUCUGAGAGCAAAGAUCUCUCGAAAAUGGUUCCUCCACCACCAAUAAGGCAACAGCCUCCAGUGCCUGGACCAGCCAUGGUCCCAAAUUUGCAGGCUGAUGUACUGCCUCCAAGCACUUUACGUUUUCCUCCACCUCCACCUGAUAUGCGGCCAUCAUUACCCCCUCCUGGAAUUCCUGGGCAAGUUGCCCCACCAGGAGUCAUGGUCCCACCAAUGCAAUUACCACCUUUUGGACCACCUCCUAUGAUGAUACCACAACUUCCACCUGGUUCACCACUUAUCCCACAAGGGGACCUUGCUUUUAGACAACCUGCCCCUCCAAAGCCAUCAUAUGUCAAAUCAGCUGCAUCAACUGUUGUAAAGAGGCCUCUGGCACAACAUACUCCAGAGCUUACAGCUAUGGUUCCUGCAUCUGUACGAGUCAGGAGAGAGUCCGUGCUUCCAAAAUCAAAGACAAAGCCGUCAACUGCUGUGGCAACCAACAGGCCACCUGCAGCUGCAUCUGUUGUGAGGCAAGAAUCCAGUAGCUUAUCAUCUACACCAAAACCACAGGGUAUUGAUGACUCGUACAUGGCAUUCUUGGAAGACAUGAAAGAACUUGGUGCCCUUGAUGGGUACACUGCUUUAGCCAAUGGAGAGGUGCAAAAGAAACAACAGGAUUGCACGAGGUAGAAAUCGUGUAAAGGCUAUUGUGAUGGUUCAGGUGCUUCAUCUCUGGGCUACCAUAAUUCUUUAUUCUCCUUUGUGAUGCUUUGGUUUAUCACCACACACGCAUUGUCUUAUUUGUCAUAGAUGUUAAAUACAGUUUGGACUAUUUUGAUUAUCCUGAUCACAUUAUCUUAAUUGGCAAAUUAUUUUUUUAGCUGGUAAGGUUUUAUGCUAGGAAAGGAUACUGUAUCUUAGACUUUACUGACAAUAACAUUUAACUUCUCUUUCUUGUUU